GCACCAGCGGUUUGUUUGUGCUGACAGUAGCAGUACUUGCGGCCUCUGCGAAGGUUGCCAUCACUCGAACUGCGAGAAGGCGCGCGGCGCAAAGUCUGGAGGCGUUGAGGACCAGGUGCCGUGGUAAUGAAGUGUAGUCCAUCAGCGCCCGCCUUCAUCAGCUUUGUAUGUUUAUUAUCCUUUCACGCACACACACACACGUUGGCAAGCUGUCAACCACGGGAGAGGGAAGAGAGACUGCUGCGUUAGAUACCAAUUAUUGUUGUUGAAUCGCUAGAAAGUCUGUCUUUCGAGAAUGGAGGAACUCGCGAAGUCGGUGCAGCAGGCUCAAGCUGCUGUCUUGGGUGUUCAAGACGAUCUUGCGCUGCUGCGUACACAGCUGGAGAGGGACGGUGUGGAAGCGUCGGUAGACGACAGCGGGGCAGCUGCGAAUCCCUACACCGUGGAGCUGCAGACCGGUGUUCAGCAAAAACAAGAAGUCGCUGCCCAGCUGCUGCAGCACAGCGCCCACCUCUUCUACGAGCAGUUCGGUGCCCUGGAGGAGAAGGCGGUACGCCUGCAAAACGUGCGCGAGAAAGAGAAGGAGCUGCAGGCAGCGAAGACGAGCAUGCGACGCUACUUUGACGCCCACGCGACGGAGCUGGCGGACAUGAAGGACACCCACGACGGUGUCAUGCGCCUAGAACGGGAACGCCGACAUCAUCUCGAGGAAGGAGCUGCGGACCAGCGACUCAACCAACAUCAACAGCAGCUCGCCCACCACGUCAUACUCGUGUGGAUGAAGAAAGCCAUGAUUCGCAACCUCACCCGCGAGUACGCGACGCGGCAGAGGGCAACGCGGCAGGCGUAUCAGGCAGCUGCCUGCGAGGCGAUCGCCCGUCAGCGAGAGGUGGUGUCUCAGCAGCGUGUUUUUUACACCUGGCGAUCGCGCCUGCAUAGUCGUCAGCUGCGACGGCUGGAGGAGGCGGCCGUGGAAACGGAGAAGCGCGCGCAGUUCUUUCGCCAGGAGCUGGCCACGACGCAGCAGGUCCUUCACGACCGUCUCGGUGCAGCGCUGGAGCCGCGGCCGUCGAUCAACCGUGAGGAAUCAGCAAAGAAGACCGCGACGACGGCCGGCGCCGGUUCUGCAUCCACCACCGCCGCAGAGCACGAGGACGAGGUGCGGCGUCUGCGGACAGCGCUGGAGGAGAUGACGGUGGAGUUUAGCGAGCGCACGGGGACGUACAUCCGUCAGCAAGAGCACCUGGAGCAGCUCUUCUGGUCCAAGGAACAAAAGCUUCGCGAGACCGCUGUGGGUCUGCAGGCCAACCUUCACGAGGAGCAACGAGCGUUCCACACCCACGUGGCUCAGCAGCGGGCGUUCUCAGAACAGGUGAAUGCAUAUUGGGAGGGCCAACACCGGGAGUGGCAGGCGACGAUGCAGCGCAAAGAGGAGUUCGUUCAUUACAGUUUAUUGGGCCUCGUAGGGCGGCUGCGGCAUCGACACCGCGCGCUGCAAGACGAGGCAGCGAAACUCGCGAGUGAGGUGCGCACCCUCGCCCCGCUGAGUGAGCGGUGCGUGCAGCUGGAGAACCAACUUGCCGCCGCACAGCAGCUGCUACAGAAAGCAAAAGAUGAGCGACGCGUGAGGGAGCGACGCGCCAGCGCGGAUGGCCUUGUCAGCGAUCUUUUGACGGAUCGUGCAGUGCGUGCCGACAACGAGGCACUGCGAAUGCGUUACUUUGCGCAGUGGAUGCAGUGCCGCAGCACCCAUGAACUCCAGCGCAGCAAGACGGAGACGUACGAGCUAAAGCUCUCUCUUCAGAAACAGCGCCAGCAGCUGCUGCUGCAGCAGCAAACAAGCUCCUCUCGACACCAAGCCGAAGUGGCACAGCUGAGGGACAACUUGGAGCAGCUGCGGCGCACCAACGUACGACUGCAGUUGGAGCUUGACGCCGCCGCACGCGCGCAGCAGGACCGCGACCGCGCCUGCUACGACGGCGAGGUGAAGAACGGAGAGCUGUCGGCGGCGCUGCUGCGCGAGAGAAUGGAGCGACGCGGCCUGCAUGACAAAUGGUGGUGCAGUCGGGUCGAGAACGUCGCCCUCGCCGAGUCGCACGCCCGCUGCGGCAUUGAGACGCAGGAGUGUCAGUGGUGGUCGGCGCUGCAGCGGCGGGAGAGGACGGUGCUGACGGUGUGGACGGCGUCGUUGCGUUACGACGCGGCACAGCUCACGGCGGUCUGCGAGGGGUGGGAGGCGCACUGCCACCGCCUGGAGACGGAGCACGACCAAGGCAGGCGUACGCUCGCAUCUCAGCUGGCGUGUGCCCUCGAGCGGGCCCUCCUACAGUCACAGACGCUCACGGCGUGGACGGCGUGGCGGGCGUGGACCCGGGAGCAGCGAACGGUGCGCACUCUGGAAGCUCACGACUCUGAGGCACGAAAAGAGUUGGUGGAGCGCCACGGCAAUGAGCUGGCUCGGCUGCACGCCCGCCACGACACAGCGCUGCGCCGGCAGCAGCAGGAACUCACGAUGGAGAAGACGCAGCUGCAGGCAAUUCACCAGGAGCGCAGCGAGACACAGCGACGUGUGCACGCGCAGGAGCAGUUCCAGCUGGGCGAGCAGCACCGAAGGCAGCUAGCCGAGCUGCAGGCCGCGCACGCAGACGUCACGGCGGAGCUCAACGACGAGAUGCGGCAGCUGCACGGCCAGGUGGGGCAGCUCGGCUCUGUCGUGGUGGAGUACUGCGCAGCGGCCACCUUUGCUCGCUGGCGGGCGUGGGCGAUGCAACGGCGGACGCAGCGCGACGGACGGCUUCAACGCGGCUUUCUCAUGCGGGCGCAGGAGUGGCAUGUGACGACAGCGCGCACCCAGGACGAUGCUCUGCUGGAGAAAGUGAAGUUGCUGGCUGACUUCACUGCACGUGCCGCUCAGGACCACCACGCCAGCUCCUACGCCCUCACGCAGCGUCUCUCGCAGGAGCUCGAGCUGCACGCGGCGUGCCUGCACAAACUGGAGCUAGCAAAAGACGCAGCGGCGACGGAGGCGGCACACCUGCGCGGGGAACUGCAGCACACCCGCUCCCUCUACGACACGGAGAGGCAGUACGGCGAGGCGGUGCAGCAGUCCGCUGCGGAGGAGCGCCGUGACCAACGCGCCGCCCUUUCACUGGCUUCGCGACUCAGUGAGUGGCGAGAAGCAAGCCACCGCACGUGGUACGAGCAGCAGCGGGCGGUGGUGCGCGUUUUUGAAGACGCGGUUACGGCGAUGCUGGAUGACACCCGCGUUGAUGCACAGGCGCUGCAGCAGACGUACGUGGACUGCGUGAAGGAGUGCGAAGCAACCCGCACGUCGCUGAACAGCGCUGUCACCGAAAAGUCGCAGCUGGAAGAGGUCCACGAGCGACUGGUGCAGCGUCACGAGGCGCUCCAGAAAUUGCACGCAGACGCGUCGAGGGAGGUGUCGCAGCUGACCGAAACGCUUGCCACCGUCGUGAAGGAGCGCGACGCGGUCCGAGGCGAGCUGGACAGCAUGCGCGCAGAGAAGUCAGCCGCCGACGACGCACGCGCUACGCUGGCUCGAAAGCACGACGCCAUAAGGGAGGUGUGUGAGAGAGCGAAGGUAGAGGCACCGGAGCUGCAGAGCGCCGUCUCGGCGUACGUUAAAGAGCACGAGAGGUCGCUUACGGAUGCAGCGGUGCACGCAUCACAGCCCACACCUUCCUCUGCGGCGUUGUUGGCUGACAGCAGUUUUACUGAUGAUCCACUCGAGGUGAGUGCGUUGGACGCGGAGGAGGAGCAGCAGCACCGGCAACGGGAACAGACGCACGAGAGUCGACGGGCUGUGGCAGUCGUGGCAGCAGAGCACAGCAACUCAACCACCGCAUCUGGCGCGGAACUUUAUCGGCAGAUCCUUCCAGGUGAGUUGGCGCGUCGUCUGUGCGAGCUCGAGACGUACUCGACCCGCAACGCAGAGCUGUUGGACAGGGAAGCUCAGGAGCACCUUUGCCAUCUACUUCACGAGCCUUUCGUGUUCGACACAUCCUUCUCUUCGGCUUCCUCGGCCUGGAAAGGUGGUGUUGCUUCCAUUUCUCAAGGCACGGCCCAUCCUCCAGAUGUGAUACCGAUUGUGUGUCACUCACUGGAGACACUGCGCAAUGCGGCGCUGCGGUGGGCGGAGGCGCAGGUGCAGCGCCGCACCGCCGACGUCGCCUCUCUCAAUACGAAGCGGGCGCAGUCAGAGGCAGCACUGACGCGGCUGCGAGAGAACAUGGAGGGGCUGCUGGAGGAGCAGCGCAGCCUCGCCGGAGAGAUGCAAAGCGACGUGCAGUCUCAAACCGCACUAACGGAAGGCCCUAUCUCACCAAGCGAAGCCUCAUUGAUGCACUCGCAGACGUGGAGGGAGCGGCUGGGUGCGCUGACCUCUCGCUACGCGCGUGUGUUGGACACCUUCCGCACCGACAUCGCCCGACGGCAGGACACCUUCUACAGCGUCAAUGGCAUGUUGGUUGAGGUGGAUCAGUUCUCGGAAGGGCUGCUGCAGCGGUUUGAAGAGAACAUGCAGGAGAUGGCGCGACUGAAGCACCAACUCGAUCCCACAAGCGUUGCAGCGCAGAGGCCGUGCGUUACACCCGUUUCGCACCCCAUCUCCCACAGUGACCUCUCCAUGAUGUCGCCCGAGCCGCAGAACCCACAACGUGCGGAGACGCCGUUCUUAGCGCGUGUGUUGGGUGACACCGUCACUCCUCCCCCUUCCUCCGAUCAGCGAGCAGAGCAGCCGAAGUCGCCGUCCGCUUCCACCACCCCGCCCAUGACUGACGCAUCACCCGAGAGGCACGCCGUGCGCGAGCGCGUCCAUCUGCUGGAAAAGCUGCUGGUCGAGGCCAAGGUGCAAAUCGCAGAGGCCAGCGCCGUGAUGGACAGCGCUCGCCGCGCCGCCUCCAUCGCACCCCCGCCGUCCCUCCAGGCGCAGGUGUGGGCAGCGCAAGACGCAAAGGACUUCGCCCAGCUCGCGCUGACAGAGGCGGAUUUCUUGAGUCUGUACACCGCUGCGGAGUCGACCGCACACGCCGUCAUGACGGCCCUCCGCAGCUGCACCGAUCGACUGAAGGAGACACAAGGGGAAAUGUCGCAGCAGCUGCAGACGGCGUGUGUCUCGGUCGAGGAGUCGGUGCGGCAGCGUUACCGGGCAGAGGCGGAGCGCUACGAGGCGACGCUGCGGUCGAGCAACGACUCGCUGGCGAUGGCGACGAAGCAGCACGCAAAGGAGAAACUGCACUACGAGCAACUGCUGGCGCAGCAGCGAGCAGAGGCGGCAAAGGCGGCGGAGAAGCACACGCGUGACACCCAGCUGAUGCGGCAGAACUACACCUCAGAGAUGGCGGAGUUGACGGAGCACCUCCAGCUGCUAGAAGAGGAGCUCGAGCGCACGCGGCAGGCCGCGAACUCUGCCGUGCAAGACGCGGUGGCGAGGCAGACGGAGUUGCUGGACAUCGAACACGCACAGGCGCUGCGGGGUGCCGAGAAGAAUCUGACGCGUCUCACCGCUGAAAAGGUCCUGCUGGAGGAGCGCUGGACUGCGAAGGAGGAGGAUUACGAGAGACGCCUGCAGCUGGAGCGGCGCGCCGUGGCACGCCUGCAGCGACGACUGGACGGUGCGGGAGCAGCGGACGCUAAUGUUGAGGAAAGCACGUACAGCGGGAUAGGCGAUGGAAUAACUGGACCAUCUAACGUGAAUGGCCGCUGGGAGACCUACGUGAGUUGUUCCGCGAGCCUUUUUGUAGCGCAGUGCGACGAUAAGGCCGAGUGGUUCACAGCGUGCGUCGCGGAGCUGGUUGAACAGGCGCGUGAGGAGUGGGAGACGGAGGUGAUGCACCUGCGCGAGCGUCUGGCGUCGCUGCUGGAGAAGGCACCGUCUACUUCACCCUUCAUUCAGAAGUGGAGCGACAAGGACGAGCCGGCUGCGUUGUCGAAAAGAGAAGACACCGUGGAAGACACCUCCUCGCAGGCGCUGACGUUGUCGCCGUCUCCGCAGCGCACGCCGACGACGACACGGAUAGCAAAGGGAGCAAUGAACACACACACGCCCGUAUCGCCCCGUCGUUCUACGAGUCGGUGCAGUCCCGCUCGCGCCGCCUCUGCAGCGGUACGUGUGCAGCGCGGCAAUGCAUCCGUGGGGAACGAAACCCGCCCGUGCGCCUCCACAGGGACGUCUCCCACACGACGUCGCAGUCCGUCAGUAGACUCGUUGGAGCUGACCCAGUCGCUUCUGCGCUACUCGAAGAUGCUGAGUGAUCACCGGACACGCAAUACGGAGCGGCUGGAGCGGGCAACGGCGCUCACGGCGGAGGUGGAUGACCUUCUCCUGUGUGGAGUGGAACUGGGGCGUCUCGCAGACACGCAGGGGCACCGCUAA